GAGCCGCCGGCCGACUUCAUCUGCCCAAUCACGACCGAGCUCAUGAGCGACCCGGUGAUGGCGGCGGACGGGCAUUCGUACGAGCGGUCGGCGAUCGAGCGCUGGCUCGCGACCAAGUCGACGAGCCCGAUGACGGGCGAGGCGCUCGUGCACACCUUCCUCGCCCCCAACCACACGCUGCGCCGGAUGGUCCGGGAGUGGCAGCAGGCGCGGGCUUGA